AUGGCUUCCUUCAACUUCUCUGUUGUCCUCUCCCUCCUCCUGCUGCUCCUCACCCACGCAAACGCAACCAACACCUUCUCCUUCACCAUCAGAAACUUCAAAUCUCAAAACCUCAUCCUCCAACGUGACGCCAGAAUCUCCUCCGGCACCUUACGACUCACCAACGUUAAUGCCGCCGGCGCUCCCACGGCGUUUUCUCUAGGACGCGCCUUCCACACCACCCCCGUCCAAAUCUGGGACAGCACCACCGGCGCCAUCGCCAGCUGGGCCACCUCCUUCACAUUCAACAUUCGCGCUCCCGUAAAGACAAGAACAGCCGAUGGAUUUGCCUUUGCUAUGGUUCCCCCCGGGUCUAAGCCCAGAACCGCGGGUGGGUUUCUAGGGCUUUUCACAAGCGCUAACUACAACAACUCCGCCCAGACUCUCGCUGUGGAGUUCGACACCUAUUCCAACACCUGGGACCCUCUAAACCGUCACAUUGGCAUCGACGUGAACAACAUCAGGUCAAUCAAAACGGCGCCGUGGGGUCUGGUCAACGGGGAAAACGCGAGGGUUCUGAUUACCUACGAUGGCACGACCCGGCUUUUGGUGGCUUCAUUGGUCCAUCCUUCAAGCAGAACGAGCUACAUCAUAUCCGAAAGAGUGAACGUGACUAAAGAGCUUCCCGAGUGGGUGAACGUUGGGUUCUCUGCCACCACCGGGCUGUCGAAUGACUUCGUUGAAACCCACGACGUGCUCUCUUGGUCUUUUGCUUCCAAGUUUCCCGAUUCCUCCUCCUCUGAUGCUGUCGACCUUGCCAGCUACGUCCUCCAUGAGGCCAUCUAG